CAGUAGACAGAAGGCAAGAAAGAUGCCUUGGGUGUUCCUGUGGCAAACCAGUUCAAGCGAAAUGAAAGAAAAAAGCCAGGGGGUUGGAGAAGGCGGCAAGGAUCACAAAAAAAAGAGCAAGGCUUUGUAAGUACAACCGCACUUCUGAAAUGCUUUUUUAAGACUGAACAUUUAACUAUGGAGAAGGUUCAAUUGGAAUUAGCAUUAGUUACUUAAAAGUACUUCCAUUCAGAUGUUUAUUGAGGGAUCUAAUGCUCCUUGUGCAUCCAAGUUGUGGGGUUUUUUACAGCAUCCACAUGAUAUAAUUGUCACCCCAAAACCAGUCUAUAUCCCCCCCCCAAUUUAAUAUAGAUUUUAUCCUUUUGGGGGGAAAUCUGAUGAACUGAAAAACCUGCUGCCAAUUACUGGUUUGCAACAUCUUAGCAUCCCAUUUACAAUAUUCAGCACCUGUCAGGAGGCAUGAACAUGCAUGGGGUUAGGUUGCAAAUUCAGUGGAAAGCUUCAGCACGUGCUUAUUUUAAGCCCAUUGUGCUGAAAUCAAGGGAACCACUUGGAAUCGUGCCUAAAUUCAGGCAAAUUGAUAUGUGAGAAUUUUAGUAGGCUUUCAUGUGCAGCUGUUUAUGAGCAUGGAUGCAUGUAAAUGGAGCACUCUCUCUCAACAUCUCAUCAUACUGAGAGGCAUGAUUGCUCAAGAAAUAAUCCAAGAGAGACAGAGAACACACAUUUCAAUCUACUACCUCUUGCAAUUGAUAUGCAUCAUGGUUUUUUUCUUCCUAUGCACAAUAAAUUACCGGAUAUUUUUAUCAUCACUUUCAGGGGUGUAGAACUGAAGAACUACUUUUUGUCUAUUGUGCCACACAUAGAAUCACCUGACAUCAAAUAUUCCACCUCCAAAGAUGCGAUGCUUCCUGCAGAAGAGGUUACAAAGUGGUCAGAGUCCCUAGAAAAGCUUCUGGCAACCCAGUGUGGUCAAGAUGCUUUUAGAGAAUUUCUAAAAUCUGAGUUCAGCGAUGAAAACAUUGAGUUUUGGCUGGCUUGUGAAGACUACAAGAAAACCCAAGCUGAUUGUUUGCAUGGCAAAGCAGAGAAGAUUUACAAGGAGUUUGUUCAGAACGAUGCUACAAAGCAAGUCAACAUUGACUUUUACACAAGAAAAGACAUCGCCAAGAAGGCUCAAGAUCCAACGCCUUCAAGCUUCGAUGAGGCCCAGAAGCAUGUGUACAUACUGAUGGAGCGAGACUCCUACCCUCGAUUCCUCAAGUCCACAUUCUAUCGCAACCUGCUGGAUAAGGUUGACUGCAACAGUCUCAAGUGAGGCUCCGCCUGACAAGAGUCAAGAAUCUGAAUCUUGACUGAUGUUGACAUCAGUUUUAAGAGUGGCCAGAUGCCAGCGCACAAGAUGGAACAGGGGACCAAAAGGGAUGUUGGAACUGUCACCAACAUAGACUGGUGUGCAUGUGCGAUGAAGGUGCCUGGGUGGUUCUCUCUGAGAUGAAGUGGUUGAAAAGAAGAGAAGCCAUUAUGUCUUGGCACCACUGGACUAAAGACCACUUUCUGUGUUAGAAUUUUCUCCUUCGAGAAUGGCGCUGCAAGUGAGCCUUGGUGCAGAUGUCAUUAUAAGGGAAGGAUGAGUGUUUCCAUUCCUGCUCUUACAUCAAUAGGCCAAGCUCACACAAUUCUCAUUACUACAUUGAUCACUUGCAGCUAGAUGUAUGAACUGACUCCCUUGAAAGGCAUUGCCAGUGCAUUGUGAGUUGAUAGGAAAAGCUUCUCUCUUUCUCUUUCAUAGUCCAUGCACACCCAUGCAAAUAACUCUUUGAUUAUUUAUUCUUGUGUGUGCACAAGACCCAAAGGAGCCAACAGCCCCAGGCAUAGACUUCAUGUGGCAGAAUUGGGUACUAUCCUGGCCAUCUGCACUGAAAACAGGAAUCUGAGAGCAGCCUAAAACAAGCCUGUGUAGUGUAUCUGCACAAGCAUUUCAGUUUGUGAUUUUGAACAAUAUCCCCUCCUCCUCCCCUGUGCUGUUUUGGGAUUCCCCUGACACCCCCAGAGCCAUUUUGGGGGGAGGUAAAGGAGGAGAAAGGGAAAAGCUCCACUGGUCAGGUAGACAGGGGUGUACCCAGGAUCAAAACUGG